AUGGCAGAUCGCAAUGAGGAUGUCCUUGAGAAGUUUAAAAAUUACGUAAAUGUUCGUAAUAAUCUCGUUAAUAUUGAUUAUGAUGAGGAUUGUAGAGAAGAUGACGACGAAAACUUUUUCGGGAUUAGUGAAGAUGGUGGAGAAAGCAGUGGUGAAGGAAGUAAAUCUACUCCAACAACAACCACCAGUAGCAGCGAAAACGUGAAAGAUGACUGUAAAAUUAUUACACAUGCUAAAAUAGUCUCCAUUCCGACUGAAUUUAAAUAUUUCUUAGAGGCAUUUAAAAAAUCCUUCAUGUUUUGUAAAUUCGUGGCCAAAGGAAUGUCAGACGCCAUUUAUUUUGCCGCAGAAAAAAAGAAAAAUGAUAGUAACUUUCUGGGCAGGGCUCAGUUCUGGGUGGGUGUCUAUAACCUCGUUAAGAACAAAGUUGCCAAAGGUAAAAAAUAUCUGAAAAUGGCUGAACGCAAUUUGGAUCCUGACUGUGAGCUAUUGGAUUUUGAUAAUUGUUGGUUUUUAGAGAUAACUUCACAUACUGAUCAGGAUGUAGUGUUGAAAGUUUUUAAAGAUUUGCCUCAACAAACCAAGCUGAAAGUGAAAUUAGAUGAAAAAAAAAUGAAAGUGGCACUGGAAAAAUGUAGUAGCAGAGAGCAGUACAUGCCAUUACAAUUGCAACAAAUAACAAAUGGAGCUGUAGCAUUUGAGACUUAUGAGGAUUAUAAGCAAUGUAAUUAUUGUUCUGAGAUGUAUUAUUUCUUGAAAUUUGCUGCUUUUGACUGUCAGAAUAAAAAGGCUGAAGCUGAAUUCAUGAAGCUAAACAACUCAUCUGAUAACAUUUGUGAUAGCAUUCGCAACCGUGAUGAUGACAAUGGUGACAGUCUGGAUGAUAACGAUGAUGAUGAUCGAGUUGUCAGUAGUAAUGAUAGUGAUGAGAGAAAAGGCGAAGUUACUUGGCAAUCAAAAAUUAAGGAGAAUGAAAGUUCCAGACCCGGCACUGUCACAGUUGUCUGCGAUCUUGAUUUGCCCUGUCGAAUAAAAUAA